AGACAAGAGAUCAAAAGUUGCACGCCGUUGUGUCCUGCUGAACACAGCCUUAACUUGAGUCCCCAGGAGGAAAGCAACUUAGGCCAACAACAGCCAACCACCCCAGAGAGGAAUGGGCCAACAACAGCCAACCACCCCAGAGAGGAAUGGGCCAACAACAGCCAACCACCUCAGAGAGGAAUGGGCCAACAACAGCCAACCACCCCAGAGAGGAAUGGGCCAACAACAGCCAACCACCCCAGAGAGGAAUGGGCCAACAACAGCCAACCACCCCAGAGAGGAAUGGCGAAGGAGUUUCUACUGGAGAAUAAGCUGCUCCUAACAGAGAUUCUGUCAGCGGAAUCCGACAAUAUUCUCCAGUACGUCCAUUCAAAGAAACUAGUGGAGCAGCGUGAAUACAACAACCUCUCCCACCUGCAAUCCAGUCAGCCUCCAGAGACUACAGUCAUCAAGCUACUGGACAUGCUGAGAGAGAGAGGAGAGAAGUACUGCCAUGGUUUUGUGGCCCUCCUGCAUAAGCAAGAGAUCAUCGCAAACUUCCCCAGACUCAAAGAGCUGGACUGGACCACCUUCAAAGACUCUAGUGCCCCUGACCCACCCCCAGUCCCACCAAGCAUCAGAGCAGGCUCCAUAAUGGGCAAUUUGCAGGAAGUAAUCAAGGCCUGCGGUUACAUCCACAAUGUCUCAGCAGUGAAGAGAGGGAAGAAGACAGGAUAUUUCAAUGCCGUUUUACAGCAAGAAGAUGAGAGCAGGAAUCUGAUGGUUUUUCAGCCGCAGCUGCGAGACCGCUUUGCCACAGCAGAGAGUCGUAGAACUCCAGUGAAGUUGGUGAAUGUGGUGCUCCAGCCAUCCAUAAGCAGAAACAACAAGAUGCAGAUCAUGUUUACAUACACAUCCACAUUUUCCAUCCUCAAAGAUUUACCCUUCAAAUUCAACAGCGACCUUGACGGGAGGGUCAAGGAUGUGGCGCUAGCUGACCUUCAAGAGGACAAAGAAAACACAGGAAAUGCUGUAAAACAGAAGGUGAACGUUACAGUGGAGGUGAUUCAGAAACUGAAAGAGGGCCAUUGUAAAACGAGAUUGAACAUAAGCAUGCCCAUGGUGGAAUACCUAGUCGGUCAUAUUGUAGAUGAUUCAACAACACUCACAAACCUGACCGUGUGGGGUCGUGAAAACACGGUCGAAGAGGGGAAAUGGUACCGGGUCACCAAUGUUUCUGUUGCUAAGUAUGGGGGUAAAACCGUGCUGAACACAACACCAGAAUCUACUCUGGUCAACGUGGCCAGUGGUAGGAAAUGCGAUCUGCCACACAACAUGGUACAGCCUGAGAAGUUUGAGGGGAACAUCAUUGGAUACUGGUUGUCCCAAGAGUACACUUGCCCAGAAGCGCACCACCUGGAGAGGGUGGACACCACUGAAAAGAUGGUGACUUGUAAGCAUUGCUCAAUGUCGUACAUACUAUCCCUGAUGGGAAGGAUAACUAGAGGGAAGCUCUCCAUACAAUCUGAUGAUCUGGUCAGCCGGGUGUUCACUGUAGAGGACCAUGUCAUCAGAAAUGUUCUGCGAGGAAGGUGGGAGGGGAGAGAGGCUCUGAAGGACAUUGAGGACGCCCUGGUCAAACUGCCACCAGUGACAGUUACUGUUCUCAAUGGUCAUGUGUCAACCGUUACAACUCAGAGUCAGGAUGUCACCACACAGGGUUACAACUCAGAGUCAGGAUGUCACCACACAGGGUUACAACUCAGAGUCAGGAUGUCACCACACAGGGUUACAACUCAGAGUCAGGAUGUCACCACACAGGGUUACAACUCAGAGUCAGGAUGUCACCACACAGGGUUACAACUCAGAGUCAGGAUGUCACCACACAGGGUUACAACUCAGAGUCAGGAUGUCACCACACAGGAUGAGAAGAGGAACAUUACUGCGCAACAGCGCGUUUAGUCUGGACUGAUGGUUUUAUUUUGAUCUAACCUUGAUCUAACUCGGCAAGUCAGUUAAGAACAAAUUCUUAUUUACAAUGACGGCCUACCAGAAGGCAAAAGGCCUCCUGGGGGACAGGGGAUUAAAAUAAAGACAUAGGGGUGUGGGUCCUUUAGUCAUUUUGAUAUCACCUGGGCCACUGCUUCAAUAUGUCUUAGAUGAAAAACGGCAAGCUGAAAAUGUAAAUAGAUUGAUCAUUUAAAAAUGUAACUUUUAAAACGUUUGAUUUGAUUAUGUGUCAGUAUGUCUGUGGUACUUUUAUAUGUCCAGGUAAAAGCUCAUUUUGUAUUUCAUUUUGACAUUUGUUUAAUACAAGCUCUGUUAAGCGAAUAAAAUGGAGAUUGAAAAACUGUGUCAAUGAAAAUAGCACUUGUAAAAACACAGGGAAAUGAAAGCCAAACAGACUUAGGUGAAGUGAACACACGGCUGUGCAGUGUAGAUAUCUAACCAUCCAUUUCCUU